AGAAGGCCUGGGUCGGCCUCCCAGCCGGGGCAGGAGGGGAAUUCUGGUGCGGAGCUUACCCAUGGACAAGUCCGCACUGGGAAGAAACGGCCGGGCCGCCCCUCGCCCCUGGGAAAUGAAGCCGGGCUCUGCAUCCCCGGACCGCCCCGCUUGCUCGCGCUCCGGGGCUAGGCGGGAAUGGAUCUGAGUCGGACAGACGGACACCAGGACUCACUGACCCCAACGUAGCAGGAGAGCAACCGGCCGGUGAUCCCGUCACCAUGGACCCCUCGGCCCUGGACACGGCCAUUCAGCACGCCCUGGCGGGCCUCUAUCCACCUUUUGAAGCCACAGCGCCCACUGUCCUGGGUCAAGUCUUCCGGCUCUUGGACUCUGACUUCCGGGGAGACGGCCUGAGCUUCCUCCUGGAUUUCCUCGUCCCUGCCCAGCGUUUAUGUGAGCAAGUGCGAGAAGCGGCCUGUGCCCCCUACGCCCACUGCCUCUUCCAGCACGAGGGUUGGCCUCUGUGUCUGCGGGAGGAGGUUGUGGUCCACCUGGCACCACUCAACCCUCUCCUUCUGCGCCCUGGUGACUUCUACCUUCAAGUGGAGCCUCUGGAGGAGCAGUCUGUCCACAUGACACUCAAGUGCCUCUCCUUGGAUCUGCGCACAGUGGACAGGAAACCCGUUCCAGGGUCAUCUUACCCUAUGCUUUUCACCCCCGAGUGGCUGGAGGCCAUCAACAAGGAGUUUGAAGGAAGUCCCCUGCACAACUGCCUGGUGGCUUCAGAAAACGGUAUCGCCCCUGUGCCUUGGACCAGGAUCACCAGCCCAGAGUUUGUGGAUGACAGAUCCCCAGCAGCGAACGUGGUCUCACCAGCUGGGGACUCCUGUCCAUCAGACGCACUCCAUCCUGGCAGUCCCCAGGAGCUGUGCCGAGCCAGCUCCCCAGGCAGCCAGGGGUCUUUGGCCCAUAGUGGGGUCAAGGGUAAGGACAGGACAUCUGGGGACAAGUAUCCAGGACUCAUCAAGGUGGAACCAAGCCAGCCUGGGAAGGUGGACUUCAGGAUGGACCACGGGGCCAGCCGGGGCCUGGGUGGGGAGUAUGUGACUCUCUUGGGCUCUUCCCAAGAGCACCAAGAGGGGUGUCUCUGUAAGGAUGUGGUGGCACCUGGUGGGUGCACUCUGAGAACCCUGGAGGAGAGAUCUGGAAUUAAGGGGAUGCCUUUGCCUGGAGGGAUCAUGCCUCUCCCAGAACCCACUGGUGAACUCCACUUGGGGAGAUGGGCGAGUGCAAAGCCAGCCGGCUCAGGGGAGGGUGCCUGUGUUUGGGGCUCCAGGAGGAAAGCCAGACUAAAAGUAUCUGCCCACAACACAAAACGACAGUCCCAGCAGCCCCACCUUGGUGUCCCCGAGCAGCCUCUGGAGUGCAUCUCUGGUGUGGAGGCAGAUGUCUCAGAAGAGCCAGCUUCCUCCAAGAUGCAGGGGUCUCUGAGACUCACAGAGGCCAUUGUCCAGCUCAGACCUGGGCCAACACAAGCAUCCUCGCCCCAUCUGAGCCCAGCUGCAUCUGCAGCCUCAGCCUCUGAAGCAAAGACAGAGAAGACCAAGCAGGGCCAUGCCAGCGUUCCCAAGCCCGUGGCUUGUGCCAGUCAGAACACCUCCUCCUCGCCAACCCCCACUUCUGGCCUCCAACUCUCAGGCCUGACAGGGCAGAGGCCAGCUCUGGUGCCUCCCAAGGACCAGCACGGCAGGCCUUGUAAGGCCCCGUGCUCCCUGGACUCUCUUCAGCCCCAUGGAACCAAGGCUCCAGGGAAAGACGGAACAUCCCGCCCCAGAACAUCUGGCCCCACCGCCCACUCAGCCCCACUGUCUGGGGAGCAGGCUGCCUUCCCAGAAGUUUCGGUGGGCCCUCCGGGAAGAGGCCCUAGCCUGGAGGAGUGCCCCAGGCCUGCACCCAGGAUUGUGGAUCUGGGAGUAGAGCUUCUCCACUCUGGGAUAGCCUGCCUGCCAGGUGGUCGGGACAGGGCAGGGCGACCCCUGCUUCUGGUAUCAGUCCCAGAGGGUGCCUGGGAGGCACCAUGGUGCACGGCCUCACGGGUCACAGAGCUGCUUUCUUACCUGUGCGGCGUCCCCAGGUCGGAAGAUAAAGCCAAGGGGCUGGCGGUCGUCAUUGAUGGCAGGAAAGGGACCCCGCAGCCCGCUCUGCUCAGCGCCCUGCACACCACCCAGGCUUUGACCCGGGAAUCCGUCGGGGCGCUGCUCUUCCUGGGGGAGAAUGCAGCGGCUCUUCGGCUGCAGGAGUUACCUGUCCAGGUGGAGAUUCUGACCUCACUGAAGUCGCUCAGUCGCCACGUGGACUCCAGCCAGCUGCCCGAGGCCCUGGAAGGCCCCUUCCCCUACUGCCACAGCGAGUGGGUGCGAUUCUUCCAGAGGCUGGACCCAUUCCUUGUUGGCCUGCUCCAGGUCUCCUCCCUGCUGCAGGCUGCCAUCCAGGCAUUUGAGAAGGGCGAUCUCCCCUCGGGGGCACAGGAGGCCACCAGGUGCCUGAACAAAUCUAAGGAGCUGAUGGAGGCUGUGCUCAAGGACCCAGGGCUGCUGGGGCUCCAGCGGGAAGGCGGAGCCACCCUGGCCAGGCUGCAGCAUGAGGCCAGCAGACUGGACCCCAACCCCGACGUCAGGAGCCAUCUGGCUGAAGCUGCUGCCCUGUACAGCCUUGUGGAUGAGCAACUCCAUGUCCUGGUCACCACAUCCAACCACCUGCUGGGAAGGUUAGAGCUUCGCGUCCGCCUGGGACACCUGGAAGCUGCCAUCCACCAGGUCAGCGACUGGAUGGAGCGGGAGGGAAGCCAGCGUCUGCAGGCGCUUGUCCCGACCGACGCCAGCAUGGAGAGCGUGGAGAGAGCCCACGUGGAGUGUGAGGACUUCUUCCUGCAGGCCGCGGCUCAGUACCGUCGGGGCCUGGAGCUGUGCAAACAGGCGGCCCAGCUGGGCGCUGCAGCCGGAGGGGCCGGCGAGGCUGGGGAGACCGAGCUCCCAGAGCUGGUGGCCUUCGCCUCCACCCAGCGAGCGUUCCAGGCGAAGCUGACCCAUUUCUACAUGGCUGCCGAGCGACAGCGCACCGACCUGGAGACGCUGCUCCACCUGCACCGGUUCAGCAAGAAGAUAACUUGGUUCCACAUGGACUGUCAGGAUCUGAUGACCCAGCUCAGGCUGGGCAAGGCCCCGAAGGCCAGCCCUGGGGACGAGCGUCGCCUCCACCGCUACCUGCAGCGCCUGACAUCCGAGUUCUCAGCAGAGAAGCUGGAAGCCAUGGGGUUGCAGGCGGCCUCCCUGAGCCAGGCCAGCCUGGGACAGGAGCUGUGGGACGAGACCCAGCGACAACACGAGGAGAUCCACGGCCUGCUGAGGAUGGCGCUGGCCCACUGCCGGAACCCAGCGGAUCUCCUGGCCCUCUCGGCCCACGCGGGUCGCAGCAGACCGGUGGCCAAGGGCAAGUGUCUACACAGAGAAGCCACACCCAGGGGGAGACGGGACCUGCCCCUACAAGACUCUCAGGGUAUGGAGCCUGUGACAAAGUCCUACUGGCCCUCGCAGGCCCCCCGAGGGGGCCAGAGCAGAAACGUCCAGGCAGGUCCUCUUCCCCACGAAACUGGCCAGGCUGUGGACACCGAUGGGGGCAGAGGUGCCCCGGAUCUUCCUGAGCCCGCUCCGGAGCGGCUUCUGGCCUCCCUCUUCUCCUGGCAACAUCUCCCCAGACAGAGCCAGGGCCCCCACCCCGCUGGAGGCAGCUUCUCUUCCGAGGGGACAGACUCACAAACAUCCCUGGAGGACUCACCCCAGACAAGUCCGCCUGCGUCCCUCUAGCCGGAGCCUCAUUCUCGCGCCAGUUCCAGGGAGUUGUCGGAACCCCAACAGCAGGUUGUGAUGGGACUGCUGGAGGGGAACAGGGAGCCCACACCAUCCCACUGGGACGUGGUCAUGGAGCCUGUGCUGGGAGAGACUCCUUCUGGCUCCAGUAAACUCCAGGAAGAUGGCUUCCCACCCACACAAAAUAGUAUGUAGUGGGAGUCAGGGUCCAGGCUCAGUAAAGCAGCCAUUGGCCCAUCAUUGAGUCUCCCAUGGAGGGGCCCUUUGAGGCCCUCUCUGCCAAGGCCUUACUUGAGCGGUGCAAAACACCACACAGAGUUCACACGGGUGAGGAGAAGUUCACCCACUGGGAGUGACCUCUUGGCUUGAGCCCCAUAGAACUGGACCCUGAAACAAGGACUCAAGUGUCUGGGCAUUUGACAGUGACCCCAAGAGCCACUGGUGGGGAGUCUGGAAAGGGAAUAAAGGGCAUCUUGUCAAGCAA